AUGGACGAUUCAGAACUACAGGCAAUACGGGCUGCACGUUUGCAGGAAAUGCAAAGAAACGCUGCUGGGGGCGGACCUUCUCCAGGAUCAACUGCAGGGCAAGCUACUGGUGCCUCAAGCAAUCAAAAUGAUGCCAUUAUGAGCCAACUAUUAACACCAGAGGCAAAGCAAAGACUCAACCGUGUGCGGAUGGUGAAACCAGAUCGUGUGCAAGGUGUCGAAAACUAUCUACUGAGGUUGUAUCAAAGCGGGGGGCUUAGGAACAAGGUCCAAGAGAAAGACAUUGUUGAUAUCUUAGACAAAAUAGCAAACGAGGAGAGGAAAAAUGCAACUACAACUAUCAGAUUUGAAAGGAGGGAUUAUGAAGGCGGUGACAGGGAUCAAAACGACAAGGACGACUCUGAAGACGAUUUCUUUGAUGAAUGA